GAGAUGACAAAGUCGACACCUUCAUGCCCUGAGUCCGUUUGGGAGGAUGAUGUUGGGGAAGAAACAAGCAAGAGAUUGCCCGGAGUUUUGAUCCAUGUCGAGUUAUGCGGUGGAGAGGAAGGAGCAAGGAUGGCGAAAGCAGCUGCCCGAAGCGGAACAGUCCGAGCCCAGGGCGGCAGCUCAAUUCUGGGGAAAGCACGUCAACCGCGGACAGACUUGACCGCCAGCCUCGGUGUGCAACUCCAACGGGCUGUCUGGAGAGAAACCCCAGCGUGUCCCUUUGGUCACUGGGGCUGGUCUCACCUUGAUUGAGCCGGCUAGGUAUGGAGGUUACUGCCCACGGCAGCCUGGCAGUUUUCCCGCUGCAGCGCCGACGACCAGACUGGAUGAACUCUGCCUCGCCCAAUCGCUGCUGCUCGCCGCCCGACUCGGCUCGCGAUCGACCCCUCCAGCCAGCGACGCAUCCCCUGUCCACGUGUGCUCCCUAAUUUUUUGCGGUGCAGCCUUCUCCCCUGGUCAAUCCCACCCCCAGCCGAGCGCCGGCCGUGGCAUGGGGUUCCUCCAGUUUUCCCUCCAAUGCUACCCCGCAAAUUCUCCACCGGUUGAAUGAACCGUCGGAGGAGCGAGUCGAGAACCUCCUCUUUUCUUGUCCUUUUUAUUUUCCCAACCCAGCCCGGUCCAGACCAAAACCUUGCGUGCGGAGGCAACCGCGCCAUGUCACUUGACCGUGGCCCCCCCAAGAGGACGAUCCAUCCGGGCCUGUGACGAAAGAGAAGGAGGAAAUACGAUGUCAGAGAAGCGGGGAGGAAGGCGGUCGAGGCGGGCGCGCCUGCGUUGCCCGCCCUGCCCGCCCGCUGCUCUGGCUGGCUGAUGACCUUUUUUAGCCCACACGCCCGGUUAGUGGUGGCCGAGAUGGGCUGGUGGUUAUUAUUCGUAAAAAUAUGGGGAACAUGCGCUUUCCAGAAAAGCGCCACCGUCGUCCCUUUUUUUCUCGACACAUGCGAAUGCUGCCGCUUGUUGCUUUUUGCUGCUGCGAGUGCUGCUGCUGCUGACCCCGUUUCUCGCUGCUGCUGUAAAUCCCUCUUGCGGUCGCGUCUGACCUCCCCAACCCACCUGUUUCCACUCGACCUGCACACCCAGUCGCUUGGGGGCGAACCCAACCAACCGUCACCGGUCGUCAGUCGCCUGCAGCGCAUAUCCAACGUCGUCCCGACACGCGGUAUGACCACAUAGAUGGUAUUCGGAUGAGAGAAGCUCGAUAUUGGGGCCGCCCAAGACCAACUUCAUCCCUACCGACUCGCGAUGUUGCUCUUCACCAAGCUCGCUGCACCCAAAGCUCCCAAGCGGCGCUCAAGAGCUGGCUGUACCUCGUGCAAGGAAAAGAAAAAGAAAUGUGACGAGGAACGGCCAAAGUGUGCGCGCUGCGCCGAGCGCGGCGGUGACUGUGUCUACGAGCCCGUUCGCCCCCGCCAGCGCCGGAAGCGCGACUAUGUCGUCUCGUCCGCCACGGCAUCGACUUCGACGACCGACUCGGGUGGUGGUGGAGUCGACAUAGACAGCGCUCACCGCGCCAGGCUCAACGGCGUCCCGACCGACACCUUCCCAUGGCCACAGCCGAUUCCCGACGACGAGUAUGACGACGGCUACGACGACGAGGACGAGAUGGCCGGUGCCAAUGUUGAUGCCAACUACUACCCCAGUGGGCUUAGGCAAAGCUGGGUGCAGCAUAGCAAUGCGCAGCACAGCAAUGCGCACCACUCGUGGAGGCCUGGGGCUCUGGUGUUUGACGAGGGCGGCUCUUCGGACGACGCUUCUGACCUACCCAUCUUCUCGCCGCUCGAGGAGGGCUUUGAUAUCGGGUCACUGGUGCCGCCGCCGAUGCGGCACGGCGGCGUCGUGGGCGGGCUGAGGGGCGAUAUGACCAUGUCUCCUGUCAUGGAUAUUGGUGGUGGAGGCAAUGCAUAUGACGACGAGGCCGACGAGGCCGACUUGGUCGUAGGGUCCAUUGGGAUGGAGCAGCGUGUCGACCGGAGGAGCUCAUCCGCAUCCACCACGACAACAAGAACAAUAAAGUCGGAACCGGCACCAAGUUCGGCCGUCGUCAUCGCACCCCACCACCACAGGCAAAUGCAGCAUCACGAGCGUCAGCACGGAAACUUUUUUGGUGGCCCGAUCGACAUGGCCGUGGCGGCGGCUGCACUGCCCGUUAGAUCACCGUUGUUUGAAUUCUGCGCUCCUGCUUUCUCCGAGUUCUCGCAACAGCCGGGCAGGAGGAUGCUAGUGGAUCACUUCUGCAACGUCCUUUCGCACCUGAUUGUCUUCCGCGAGGAGACCGGCAACCCGUUCCAGCAGCUCGUGCUGCCCCUGAUGACCUCUGGCACGGCAGGGGCCCUACUUCCGUUCACGGCGGGGGCGUCGUCUCCCGUGGCGGAUGCCGUCUACGCGCUGGCCAGCGCGCACUUGGAGCACAGAGGCGUCGACGUCAAGGGAGGCGAGCGUUCGCUUUACUACCAUCAUCGCGCCAUCCAGGGCCUGUCCAAGCUCAUCCAGCCCAGCAGCGGCAAGGUUAACAAGAACCAGGUCCUGGCUGCAAUCAUUCUGUUGGUAUACUAUGAAGUUCUCGUGCAAAGGAGUCGCACAAACAUAAUAGAGGGCCACCUCAAAGGUGCUCUCACAGUUAUGUGUUCACAUCCCGAGCCCUUGGACUCGACAGGAGUCUUCUUGGAGCGCGCCUUCCGCUUUUACGACGUGAUUGCAGCCCUCUCUUUUGGCACUGCUCCACUCUCUACGGCGCCCGCGGCCGGCUGCCUGCUGCCCUUCCCUCCGGUGGGCGCGCCAGCUGCAUCACCCCUCAACAAUGUCGACACCCUUCUAGGCAUGUCAACGACUCUCUGGCCCAUAAUCCAUCGCCUCUCGGGCCUGCUCGCCCUCCGGUCCGAUCUCGAUGCCGCCCGCGCCGCUGGCCAUCCCGCCAAGGUCGCCGUGCUCCGCACCGAGUUUGAGUCCACGGCCUCCGCUGUUGAAGCUGCCCUCCUGGGCUGGAGCCCCUCCCCGCCGGCUGGCUGGAUUCUCGACUCUGAUUUUGAAGGCGGCGACCCGACCAAGCUUCGCAGGGCCAUGUCUCCCACCCCUACAGGCUUUGGAGGUCGCCGGCAUGGGAGCCAUGAGAGUGCGGGUGGUCUUGGCGACGAGAUGGCGGUUGAGGAAGUGGACGGGCCUGAUACGGAGAGUGGUGCAGAGAACCACAGUCGCCUCCCGGAAGACUCUAGUCCGGACACUGCACUCGAUCAGGAGGCUACAUCGCCCAGCAGUGCCGAAACACCGGCAUCCACCUCUUCCUCUACAUCGUCGUCCUCGUCUUCCUCCUCUUCCACAAGCGACUCGGCCCGCCUGCACUCAAUCCUCAACAAUGCCCUAGCUUACCGCCACUCGGCGUUGGUGCACCUGUACAGAACCGUGCACUCGCAGCCUGGGCACCACCCCCUGGUGCAGCGACACGCGCGCAUGGCCCUCCGCCACUGCGCCGCCACGGUCGAGCACGGCGGGCCCAUGGGCGCCCUCCUGUGGCCGCUAUUCGCCGCCGCCUGCGAGGCGCGCGAGCCCGAGGACCGGGCCAUCGCGGGCCGCGCCUUUGCCGCCAUCGACCGCCGCCAGGGCAUGACUAACAUCGCGCGCGCCUGGGAGAUCGUCCAGGAGGUCUGGCGCCGCGCCGACCUGUUCCACGGCGCCGCCGGCGACGGCGACGACGGCGACGGCAGGGGAGGCGAUGGCGACGAGGCCGACGAGGGUGCCGACUUUGCGCAUGCGGACGGCGACGGCGCGGACUACCCCGGUGGCGGCGGCGGGUUCGGCGGGCGCCGCCACAGCCACGGUCACGGUCACGGUCACGGCGGCGAGGCAUCGCGCCGGCCGUCAUCGCGCCGCAUGUCCGAGUUUGCGUUCCCCGGCGCCCGCAAGAACGCGAUGGACAUGUGGAGGAGAGUGAGCGAGGACAUGGGUGUAAAUGUCGUGUUUGGUUGAGGGAGGGGUCUUGUUGGUUGGCGAAGAGGAAAUAGGUGUUUGGCAAGCGGGUUUGAGGUUUGAUGUGGAAGGCGCAACGGCUUGGGAUAAAAGAAAAAAUACCUCGUGUCUGUUUGGAUCUUUCAUUGGCACUCCCAUUCUCUUUGAUUUAGCGAUGUUUGUAUGUGGUUUAUAAAUCAAGUUUCGGUUGUGACGAAAGCAAAAGUGGCCGUCCGAGUCAACUGUCAU